AACUCAUUCCAGUCAUUGUAAAAUGUCACGAACAAUUCAUAUUCCCUUAAAAUUGCUCUUUCAAGUACUUGGAGAAUUGAUAAUAGGUGAGGUCUAAUCUACAAAUGGCGGAAGGCUCACUCUCACUGUGUUAGAACAUCUCAGUCCACCAAACACUGGAGUUUCGUCUCUCCAUCCCCUCGCGCGUCAAUAGUUCGCCUGUUUACCUUCCGCCACCUCUUUCGAUUUUCAACCUUCACACACCCAUCAAGCAGAAAGGGUUUCUGUGGAAUUUCAGCUGCCGCCGGUUCUCUAGCCAAUGGAUGCCGCGGCUGGGGUUGUUGCUGCACGCGGCGCCGGCAUCCCUCUUCCAGUUUCCUCACCCCAGGCUUCUCGCAAGGAAUGGCGCGCUGUACCUGAGCAAUCGCUGAGGAAUUCUACUAGCGAGAUUGAUCGUUCAAAGUUAGGGCAGUCGGACGAGAGAUUGAUAUACGAGCACGGGAGAGAACCGGCGGAUGUGGACUUCUGCUCAAUCGCUAUUGAUGGAAGCCCGGACAGUGAUCUUCUGCACCAGAGGCUUCAUACUGUUGCUAAACAAAGAGAUGAGUUGCAGCAGAUGGAGAUUGAGCUCCAGGCUCAAAUCAUUACUAGGUCACAGAUUAUGGAACUGCGUAAAGUUUUUGAGGCUGAAGUCAAAGAGCAGGCAAAUGCCAAUAUGAAAUAUCAGGAGCAACUGCGUGAAAGGGACCAGAAGAUAUUUGAGUUGGAAAGAAGAAUAGAAGAGAAAGAGAGAGAGUUGCAGGCUGUAAGAUUGGACAAUGAAGCGGCUUGGGCUAAAGAGGAUCUACUGAGAGAACAAAACAAAGAAUUGCAAACGUAUAGGAGAGAGAGGGACAACUCUGAAGCUGAAAGAGCUCAGAAUAUUAAACAAAUUCACGAACUCCAGGAGCAUAUUCAAGAGAAAGAACGUCAAUUGGUGGAACUGCAGGAACAGAACAGAAUUGCUAAGGAAACCAUUAGUUACAAAGAUGAACAGAUGCGGGAAGCCCAAGCUUGGAUGAGUCGUGCUCAGGAUUUCAUUGCAUUGCAGCAAGCUGAACUACGUGAACGGGCAGAGCAGUAUAAUCAGCUUUGGCUUGGUUCUCAGAGACAGUUUGGCGAGAUGGAACAUAUGCACCUGCGUUUGCAGCAGCUCCAAAUAGAAGUAACAGAGGCAAAAGAAAGAAAUAGCACUUCCACAGAUUGUUCCCAAGCCUCAAAGGAAACUGCAAAAGAUACUUCACAGCAUGGGCUGGAAAAGGGAAACGGACAUAAUGAAAGUGCUAGUAAUGGGGGUUGUCCUGCAAACUCUGGACACGUGCCAAAUGGAAAUGCUGAAACUGCCCUGGCAUUGUCUUCUUUUGGGAAUCUGUCAACUCAGAAUGACGCCCAUGGUGUUCCCCUUGCUCCUUCCUCUUUACUUGGGAUGCCUACCUUCAUUCAACCAGGUCAAAUCGCAGAAUCUCAUCCAUAUUUAGUGCAUCAACAGGGAGUCCCUUCUUCCGUACCUACACAGAUUCCUCAGUCUCAUCAUCUUGGGCAUUUCCACUCUGUACCUGCAGUACCGUCUUUCCAACACUGGCCCAAUCAACAGGUUUCAUCAGAGGGUGCCUCACUGAUGUCUAUUCACAGUCAAUAUCAUCUCCAAACAGAAUCAGUGUUGCUAACACCAGAUUCAAAUUUUGAAUAUGAAGCAUCUAUAAAUGGAAAAGUACCUCUUCUAGAAAUUGAACCGAAGGCUUCUGUUGGGGCUUCACAUGCAGUGGAGCAACAGUUUGUGGGUGAAAACUGCACACCUAGUCUCCAAACCGAGCAGUAUACAUUGCAGCAUAUCUCUACACAGUUUCAUGAUGUAUUGAGGCUUGAUCAGCUUGAACACAGUAAUGAGUUUCAGGGGAAUGAUUUAAGUACUUCGGAUAAUCAUGGGGUAAAGUCAGGAGGGGUUAUAACUGGAGAAGUUAGCGCCACUAGUGAUAAUAAAAAGUCAUCACCAGAAGUUCCAGAUCAGAUUAGUCAUUUAAAUGACAAAGUAACAGAUGCCACCCAGAGUAAUGCUGCUUGUGUGCCUGAAAAAUUGAUUUGCGGGGGUCAGAAAAAUGCACAUGCAGUUGCUGGGAAAGUAGCUGAACCUGAUAGUCUACUUGGAGAACAAGCACUACUGGCAUGCAUAGUUCGCACAAUUCCACCUGGUUCUAGUGGUAGAAUUAGGAUUAGCACAACGCUCCCAAAUAGGCUGGCGAAAAUGCUUUCUCCCUUACAUUGGCAUGAUUACAAGAAGAAAUUUGGGAAACUUGAUGACUUUGUAGCCAGCCAUCCCGAAUUAUUUGUGAUUGAUGAAGACUACAUCCAGCUCCGAGAAGGUGCUCAAGAAAUCAUAGCAGCCACAUCAGCUGCAGCCAAAGUUGCUGCAGCCGCAGCUGCUGCCGCCGCCACAUCAUCAUCCUACCCUUUGCAUCUGCCUUCCGUUGCUGUCACUCCCAUGGCUCCUUCACAGAGGAUGAAGAUUUUAAUGAAACCUAAAAAUUCGGCAGAUCUGAGUGCUUCUAGAUCUAGUAACGGUUCAUCUUCGGUACAAUUCUCUAUGAGUGAAGGAAUUAAAGAUGACAAAAAUGAUCUCUCUCCCAGAAAGGGUGCAUCAUCAUGGAAGCCUGCUUCAAAUUUAGCUGGCAAACAGCAAGAAAGGAUCAGCCGGUUUCCACCAAGCUCUAGAAGAUAGUUCCUUUUUCCUUGCAGGAGGGGAUCUUUCGAGGACAUCUUCAAAUUAAGCUGUUGAGUUUCUGGAGAAUGAAGGGAUCUUUCGAGGACAUCUUCGAAUUAAGCUGUUGAGUUUCUGGAGAAUGAAGUUGGGGAUGUAUAAUACACUUACAAAUCAGAGUGUGCAGAUCAAUAUUGUUAUUAUCAUGACGAUCGGAAAAUUUCUAUCUUGAGUUUUUUUGGGGAUUUUCUCCCCCCAUCUCUUUUGUCCCGUUACUGGGCUACAUGUGUAGGCAUUGACAACCUAUGUAAACUAGUGCCUUUUGGGGAAUUAUUAUUAAACAUGGCUGAUCUUGUUAGAAUGUUUUUUCACAAUCUGAAACUUGCAACUUUUACACC